AUGCCAGUGCUCACCACUGAUGCUGAGUCAGAAACAGGUAUCCCAAAAUCCCUUUCUAAUGAGCUUCCCUCAGAAACCAUGGAGGAAAUAGAGCACACAUGUCCUCAGCCUCGAUUGACCCUGACUGCACCUGCCCCAUUUGCAGAUGAAACCAGCUGCCAGUGCCAAGCCCCCCAUGAAAAAUUGACCAUUGCUCAGGCCCGCUUGGGAACACCAGUUGACAGACCUGUUAGAGUGUAUGCAGAUGGAAUAUUCGACCUCUUCCACUCUGGCCAUGCUAGAGCGCUUAUGCAAGCUAAAACGUUGUUUCCCAACAGCUACUUGCUAGUAGGAGUUUGCAGUGAUGAUCUCACUCAUAAAUUCAAAGGCUUCACCGUAAUGAAUGAAACAGAAAGAUAUGAGGCUCUCAGACAUUGUCGUUAUGUAGAUGAAGUCAUCAGAGAUGCUCCAUGGACCCUCACACCAGAAUUCCUAGAAAAACACAAGAUUGACUUUGUGGCCCAUGAUGACAUUCCUUAUUCCUCUGCUGGCUCUGAUGAUGUUUACAAGCACAUAAAGGAAGCAGGAAUGUUUGUCCCUACUCAGAGAACAGAAGGCAUCUCAACGUCAGACAUCAUCACCAGAAUUGUCCGUGACUAUGAUGUUUAUGCCAGACGUAACCUCCAAAGAGGGUACACAGCUAAAGAACUGAAUGUUAGUUUUAUAAAUGAGAAGAAAUACCGUUUCCAGAACCAAGUAGACAAAAUGAAAGAAAAAGUCAAGAAUGUAGAAGAAAAAUCAAAGGAGUUUGUUUACAAGGUGGAAGAAAAGAGCCAUGAUUUAAUUCAGAAAUGGGAAGAGAAGUCUCGAGAGUUUAUUGGCAACUUUCUAGAACUCUUUGGACCUGAUGGAGCAUGGAAACAGAUGUUUCAAGAACGCAGCGGACGGAUGCUCCAGGCGUUAUCUCCGAGGCAGAGCCCUACAAGCAGCCCGACGAGGGGCCGGUCUCCUUCCCGUUCCCCCUCUCCCACUUUCCCUUGGCUCCCAAACAAGACCUCUCCCCCUUCUUCCCCUAAAGCCGCCUCGGCCUCCAUCAGCAGCAUGAGUGAGGGGGAUGAGGACGAGAAGUAA